AUGAUUGCUGCAAACAUAUCUAACCACGGAGCUUCUAGCAGGCAAAAUCAUGAUCCUGUUGCUGAGACUUCAACUGCAGCUGGUUGGGGACAGAGACUCAUUGCUGUACAGAAUUGUUCUGCUGGUACCUCUGAACCCUUUGAAGAUGGCUAUGCAAAUGGUGAGGAAGGCACACCAGCUGGUGAAGCAGCUGCGACUUACACACCGGAUAGCAAAGGAGUGGUCAAGUUUGGCUGGAUAAAAGGUGUAUUGGUACGAUGCAUGUUAAAUAUUUGGGGUGUGAUGCUCUUCAUCAGACUGUCAUGGAUUGUAGGACAAGCUGGGAUAGGUCUGUCUGUCUUGGUUAUUGGAAUGGCCACUGUUGUGACAACUAUUACAGGACUGUCUACUUCAGCAAUAGCGACGAAUGGGUUUGUAAGAGGAGGAGGAGCAUAUUACUUAAUUUCCAGGAGUCUGGGACCAGAGUUUGGUGGCGCCAUUGGUCUGAUUUUUGCAUUUGCCAAUGCUGUUGCAGUAGCAAUGUAUGUUGUUGGCUUUGCAGAGACAGUUGUGGAGCUGCUCAAGGAAAAUGGAACGUUGAUGGUUGAUGAAAUGAAUGAUAUCAGAAUCAUAGGGGCUAUCACAGUGGUUAUAUUGCUGGGUAUUUCCAUUGCUGGAAUGGAAUGGGAAGCAAAAGCACAGAUAGUCUUACUGGUGAUCCUCAUACUUGCUAUUGGAGACUUUGUCAUAGGAACAUUUAUUCCUUUGGAUAGCAAGAAGCCUAAAGGUUUCUUUGGUUAUAAAGCUGAAAUAUUUAUGGAGAAUUUUGGACCAGAUUUCCGACACGAGGAAACUUUCUUUUCUGUAUUUGCUAUUUUCUUCCCUGCUGCAACUGGCAUACUUGCUGGUGCAAAUAUCUCAGGUGAUCUUGCGGAUCCUCAGUCAGCCAUACCUAAAGGAACGCUGUUGGCCAUCUUAAUUACUACAUUGGUUUACGUAGGAAUUGCAGUAUCUGUAGGUUCCUGUGUUGUUCGAGAUGCCACAGGGAACAUUAAUAAUACCAUUGUCACCGAGCUGACAAACUGCACUACUGCAGCUUGCAAAUUAAACUAUGAUUUCUCAUCCUGUCAGACAGGGUGUCAGUAUGGGCUGAUGAACAAUUUCCAGGUAUAA